AUGGCACAAGAAAAGUUUUGGAUGAACAGUCUCGAGGUGCCUUCCAUGGAGCUUGGAAGUGCCUCAAGUGACUUGGUCGACUGCCUCAUAGCAAGAUCCGUCCGGCCAAAAAACAUAUGCCGCCUUCUCAAUCGCCAGCCGCAACUCCCCCACCGCGCCCUCACCGAGAAGCACCCUGACGCCUCCUCCGCCAACGGAGAAGACGAUCCCCUCCACUUCUCUGUGACUCUUCAACAAUGGUUUAUUAUUCUUGUUGUGAUGAAUUCAGGUCUAGUGAAAAUACUAAAGAAGUAUGACAAGAGAACAGGAGCACUUAUCAGGCAGCCCUUCAUCGAAAAGGUGCUGCAGCAGCCAUUCUUUACAACUGAUCUCCUAUACAAACUCGUGAAGGAGUGUGUGGCUAUGCUCGACCACCUCUUCCCCAGCAACAACCUGUCAAUUUCAGCAGAAUGCGACGGACAAAAUGGAGUACCAAAGCCGGCACAAUCAGGUGGGAGGGUUCCGGAGUUGGAGGAGAUUAAAUAUAUGCAGAGCUUAUACAUGAAGAGCACCGUAGCAACGCUGCGGCCCUUGAAACAGAUUAGGAGCAAAAGUUCAACAGUCAAAACAAAUUAG